GAACGUGUCCGCCAGAUGGCGGCUAUUCCGUCACAUCCGUCGUUUGGAAAUCCAAGCUCUGCUUGCCACUUCAAUUUCAAAACCCUAAAUCCCUCAUUUGUCCACGUGAAACCUUCACAAAUUCGAUCUUCCAAGGGGAAGAAGCAGAUCACUUGUGAACUCAGAAGCUUUGAGAACUCGCUGAAUUGUAGUAUUGAUUCUGUCUCUGGAACUGAUCACUUCCACAUCGUUCAAAACUCUUCUGUUGUUCAGAUGGCCGCAACUGCAGCUAUGGAUUCGCCUCCGAAGACUUCGAAGAAGGUCUGCCUUUUCUACUGUGCUGAAAUGAAGGAGCUCGCUGAGAGAGUCGCUGCUGAAUCCGAUGCUGUUGAACUUCGUAGUGUCACAUGGAGGACAUUUGAAGAUGGAUUCCCCAACUUAUUCAUUUCUAAUGCUCAUGGUAUACGUGGCCAGCAUGUAGCCUUUUUGGCAUCAUUUAGUUCUCCUGGAGUAAUUUUUGAGCAACUGUCAGUGAUAUAUGCAUUGCCAAAGAUGUUUAUCUCAUCAUUUACAUUAGUCCUUCCGUUUUUCCCCACGGGAACUUUUGAGCGUAUGGAAGAAGAAGGAGAUGUUGCAACAGCAUUCACUCUUGCUAGGAUCUUGUCAAAUAUACCAAUUUCAAGGGGCGGGCCAACUAGCUUGGUGAUUUUUGAUAUCCAUGCCUUGCAGGAAAGGUUCUACUUUGGUGAUAACAUCUUACCAUGCUUCGAGAGUGGUGUGCCUUUGCUUAAGAAUAGGCUUCAACAGCUUCCUGACUCUGACAAUAUAUCUGUUGCUUUUCCAGAUGAUGGUGCAUGGAAGCGAUUCCAUAAGCAGCUGCAGCAUUUCCCUAUGAUUGUUUGCACCAAAGUUCGGGAAGGCAACCAAAGAAUUGUGUGCCUCAAAGAAGGAGAUCCCAGAGGCCGUCAUGUUGUGAUCAUUGAUGAUCUAGUACAAUCAGGUGGUACUCUUAUUGAAUGUCAGAAAAUGCUGGCUGCACAUGGAGCAGCCAAAAUCAGUGCCUAUGUCACACAUGGGAUUUUCCCUAAUAAGUCCUGGGAACGGUUUCAACAUGAUAUUGGAGGUUCCCCGGAGAAUGGGAUGUCGUAUUUCUGGAUCACUGACUCCUGCCCUCUGACAGUGAAGGAGAUAAAGAACAGACCCCCAUUUGAAGUCCUUAGCCUUUCUGGCUCCAUAGCUGCCACCCUUCAGAUAUGGUAAUAGAGCACCUCAGAAGGUUAGACACAAGUCAUGCAAAGCUGUCUAACUUUAUGUUUCCUUGACUUGA